CUCAUUCGCUAACGAAUGAAUUGAGUGCGACGCAACUAUCAUUUUCAUCAUAUAAAAAAAGAAUUAGCCUAAGGUUAAUUUUUUUUCUAAAAAAAAAAUGUUGUGUCGCAAAAAUUCGAGCUGUGAGGAGACAGGAUCAGUACCAGUGUAUCUCAAUGUGUAUGAUCUAACACCAAUUAAUGGCUAUGCAUAUUGGUUUGGACUUGGGGUAUAUCAUUCUGGUGUUCAAGUUCAUGGGGUUGAAUAUGCGUUUGGAGCUCAUGAAUAUCCAACAACUGGAAUAUUUGAAGCAGAACCAAAACAAUGUGAUGGAUUCAGCUUUAGGAAAUCAGUUUUGAUUGGAAAAACAGAUUUGGGGCCUGCAGAUGUGAGGGGAGUAAUGGAGGAUUUAGCAGAGGAGUACAAAGGAAAUGCCUACAAUUUAAUCACCAAAAAUUGCAACCAUUUCUGCAAUGAUGCUUGCAUCAGGUUGACUGGGAAUCCAAUUCCCAGUUGGGUUAAUCGCCUUGCUAGAAUUGGCUUCUUAUGCAACUGUGUUCUUCCAGUGGCUUUAAAUGCAACCAAAGUACGGCAUCACAGAAUUGAAGGCAAAGCUUGUGAAGGAGAGAAGAAAAAUUUGACAAGCGGGUCUAACAGAUUGACAUCUUCUUCAAAUUCUUCUUCCUCUUCAAACUCAUCACCUGCAAUCACUCAAACUCGAGGCAGAAGCAGAAGCAGACGUUCACUUCCCCCAUCUUCACCUUUGAUUCUUGGUCCUUCAUCAUCUUGAUGAGGAUGAUCAAAUAUUUUGGGACAGUUAUUGAAUCAAAAUGCACAAAAGAGGGGCCAAAAAAUAAAAAAGGAAAGGAAAGCAUUGAUUUUUUUUUUCUGUGCAUUAUUUUCUUGGUGAUUUUAUGAUGCCAACAUUGUCUUGAGAGAUGUUGCAGGCAUGAUAUCUGUACAUUUGUAUGUUAUCAAAAAAAAAAUUUUUCUGGCAAGUGAUGGUUUGUGUCUGCAAAUGUCAUCCAACUUCAUCUCCAUUACUUUUAUUCAACUUUUGAUUGACCCUGUGUUCAAUUAUUAGCUGCAAUGUUCAUACUUAAAUGGCAAAAAGAAGGGAGCAGCCAAAUCAAUUUCAAUCUUUUGCUGUCACUUUUUUUUUUUUUGAUUUGAUAUAUGUUGAACUUAGCUUUCUCUGGAUACUGCUUAAAAUUGAAAGCAACAUUUUGAGUCAUUGUUG